UAUCAUUGUAAGACAGAUACGAAGAUCUGGACUCUGGAGACAAAAUUGAAAAGGCCAAAAUAGUAUCAUGAAAGCAAUUUCAUAGCAGAUAUAAGAUGGUCAUUUUCUAGGACAUAAUCAUAUCAGAAAUAUCGCUGGCAUAUCAACCCAAGCUUUAUUUCAGCUUAUUUAUGGAUCCUAGGAUUCAUUUAUUUAUGAUGCAUGUGUUCUGGUUUAACGUGUUUCUUGCUCUUUAAUUAGUUUUAAUUGGUUUUAUAUGUGCUUAUUGAGGUGAUGGGAUGGUUGGAGUCAAGCAUUUGGUUCUUUCCAUUUUGUGGGAAGGAGGCAAACUUAUUGCUAGAAAGGGAAAGGAAAUACUUAAGGAUUAUGAUCCUUUUAGCUGGUCUGAGUUCUCUAAGAAAGUCUACGUUAAAAAUUUGCUUGAAGAGACUAAUAGCUUCUUAUUGGAACUCUGUUGAUUCCAUGGUUAUACUUUCUCUUUGUCAGAAACAAAAAGUUGCAGUGCAGAAAUUUUGUCUACUGAUUUGGAAGACGGAUAUUGCAGUAGUCAAGAUGAUGAAGGAACUUUUUCACUCUAUCGUCAAAUGUUUCAUGAUAUUAGUAACCACAGGUUCAAUAUGUUAAAAUAUCGGGAGCAGCCGUUUGUCCUUUAACAGAAUUAUUUGAUCUCCUUUCCUAGGGGUUUUUUAGUGGGUGCAAUUUGAUUGUGAUCCUUGUGUUGCGACAAAGUGGUAUCCAUAUGUUAUGUAAUUAAAAGUCUUGAAAAGAG